AUGAAAGCUUGGGAUGUGGAAAUAGACAUCGACAUCCUCUACCAAGCUGUCCCUCAGCUGGCCAAAGUUUUUCGCAUCAUAGACAAAAUCGGAGAAGGUACGUUCAGCUCUGUGUAUCUGGGUGAGGCUCAGAUGCGGGAUGGGAGGAAAGAGAUGUUUGCCCUGAAGCACCUCAUCCCAACCAGCCAUCCUACACGCAUCGCUGCUGAGCUUCAGUGUCUCACUGUUGCUGGAGGCAGAGAGCAUGUGAUGGGGGUGACGUACUGCUUCAGGAAGGAGGACCACGUGGUGAUUGUCAUGCCCUAUAUGGAGCAUCAAGCUAUUGUGGACAUCAUUGGCUCAUUGAGCUAUGAAGAGGUCCGUCUGUACAUCUAUCACCUGUUGAAGGCCCUCAGGCACAUCCAUCAGUUUGGUAUCAUUCACAGAGACAUCAAACCAAACAAUUUCCUCUACAACAGGCACAGCAAAAUGUAUGCGCUGGUGGACUUCGGCCUCGCUCAGGGUACAGCGGACACCCAGGUCGAGCUGCUGAAGGUUGUGAGGCAGAGGCCAUCACAAAAAGGUGGAGGGUCCACAGGGAAACAAGACACCACGCAGCGGAGCAAAGCACCACCUAGGAUCCCUCCCAAAACCACCACCACAGCCUCCACCUCACUACCUCAUCCUCCACGGCAGUCCACAACCUUGCCACCUUCCUCGUCCUCUUCUUCCUCCACCACCACAUCCUCCUCAGCCUCUCGGAAAGCACUAGAUUUGACAGGACUACGCAAAGUGCCACGGCCUGUGUUUGGAGAGAGGAACCUGAACAGCUGCACUCCAGCUCCAUCCACCACCAAACAACCUGUCGUUAAGACCGAGCUGUUAAAGCUCGGCAAAACGGAAGACCCAGCUACCCGAAGGUGCUCUUCAGCCAGCCGGGGCCCGCUGCCUGUCAGGACCCAGAGCAGCAGUCAGAAACCUCAGAGGACCGUACUGCAGGGCCUCACCUGUAGCUGCUACCUGACUGACCGUGUCUGCAACAUCUGCAUGUCCAGGAAGCAGCAGGUGGCCCCCAGGGCUGGGACACCAGGCUUCAGAGCACCAGAAGUCCUCACAAAGUGUCCCAACCAAGGAACAGCCAUAGACGUGUGGUCAGCUGGUGUGAUCCUGCUCUCGCUGCUCAGUGGCCGCUACCCGCUCUUCAAAGCCAGCGAUGACCUGAUCGCCCUCACUCAGAUCAUGACCAUACGAGGCUCCAGGGAGACCAUCCAGGCUGCCAAAGCAUUUGGUAAGGCAGUGGUGUGCAGUCGGGAUCUACCUCGGCAGGACCUCAGGACGCUGUGCGAGACGCUGAGAGGACGGAGGCCUGCGCCAGGUGAAGUCACGCCGCUACCUGAAGCCAACAAAGACUCCGCCACCACCUGUCACCCCAAGAUCCAAGAUGAUACGCCCACACAUCAUCCCGCCAAGGGACCACUGAAGCAACCCAAAGAUGAAGCCAGUGAAAGACCUGGGUCUCUCUAUUCUGCUCUCCCAAACCCCCAGGAACAUUCAGGGAACACAGAAACCGCUCGCCUCGCUAAACCGAGCUCAGGGACGGACUGCAAGGUGAAGGAAGAUGAGCGGGGCUGGGACAGAGUUCCUGAUGAGGCCUACAACCUGCUGGACCGGCUGCUGGACCUGAACCCUGCCACCAGGAUCACAGCCGCUCAGGCCCUGCAGCACCCACUGUUCAAAGACCUGUGA